CGCAAUUAGCCCCGGCACGGCCUGGCCUAGCUCGCUUUGGCUCGACGGUCUGUUUCCAAUAUCCCUGAUAUCCAGCAUGGACAUGUAUUUCUUUGGAAUUGAGUGAACAACUGUUUUUAAAAACUUCGGCUACAAGAUUGCUACUUUGAAACGAUUUGCAGUGCAGCCUUCCUGGCUUAGGCUACCCAAUAUGUGGUGUUUCCAGCCGAUGCCAGAACCUGAAUUGUAUGCCACAGCGGUAACGUGGCAGUCGAUUCCUUUCCAAAGCCAAUACCAAGAUGGCAGUGCUGUCUGUAAACUUGAUUAUCCCCACUGGUCCAAAAAUGUUGCGAAGAAGUUUAUGCUCUACAGGUCCUUGUUUGAUUUGGUGAACUCUGUGUAUUGUCUGGAGUUGGAAGACAAGAGGUUACUGACCUGGUUCUCCAGCCUCUCAAAUGAGGAUAGGAAAGUAAUCCAUGACGAGGGAGGUCUUCAUCAGUUUCUUCUAAAUCAUCCUGCUCUUGAUAUUGCUAAGCCUAUCGGAAUAGUCCAUGUAAAGCCACAGAUAAGAAGAGCUGCUGAAGAAAUAGCUUCACAGUUGAACAAAUCCAGAUUGCCAGCAUUUCAUGGGGUGUCUCGGUGUAAAAAGUGUGGGACAAGUUGUCCUUCAGGGUCUGAAACAUGCAGAACCUGUUUUGUUCAUUCCCCAGCAGUUGAGGAGAGGAUGUACUUGACAGAACAAAAGGGCGGGGCCACUGUAAUACCAAGAGAUGCCAAGGAGGACCGAAAUAUGCUGACCAGUAGCCUUGGUGCUCCUGGUGACCACCAGGUGGCUCAGGGCGGCUUCCAGUCAGCUCUUGACGACAGCCGCACUUCACUGACCUCUCCUGGCCCAAGAGGAGGCGCACGUUUCUCCAAGGAGUGGCGAGAGGGUCGGAGCAGUGUUCAGAGUGUAACCACAAGUGCGUUCAAAGACACAUCAGUGCAGGCCAGCUUCUCCCUGGAUAUGGAGCUGGAGAGUCACAGUAAGAUGGCUGAGGGCAGUUCCCCUCCAGCUUACCCCGUCCUCCAAACACAGUUCAGGAAUGUCACAGACAACAGGAGCUGUCUGGAUCUGCAGAAAGAGACACCCCCAGAAUACCACAGCUUCCACAGCAGCUUGUCCACCGAGCAGGCUAGUGUUGACUCCCUCAUGGCCACAAGGGGCAGCACAGAGAAUAGCCUGAUGACACCCACUGCUGGGUUGUUCCCUAGUGAAAUCUCCGUGUCAUGCCAGAAGUACCCUUCGGAGUGGACCAACCUGGACACUAACAGCCUGCAGAAAAAGACCAGAGAUAAUUGCAUCAUGAAGGAGUCUGUCAACUCCGAGCCGUGGCUCAACUGCUCAGUCACUCCAGAGAAACCCCAUGCUUCCCCAUCUCAGAAACCACAUGUGGAUCUGCCCUUGAAGCUGGACAUAGAAAAGGGUCCGCAAACCCCAUCUAGAGACGAGCAGUCAAUGGCCGAGUCCUUCAUGUCGAUCAGUCCAGACAAGUCUGGAGUCCUAAUGCCAGUAUCAGCUGCUCCUGCCACUGUGAACCAGAUGGUAGAUGCCAGUGGCGACUUCCGAGCCCGUUUCACGUCUACGCAGGAGUGUGUAGCCGCCCCAAGGACCACGGACGCCUCCACGGAGAUGGACUCUCCCAUGUGCUUUGAUCAAGACACCCAGACCUCACAGGCCUCCACUGCUGACAAGAGUGUCAUCACGGAGGUCCACAUAGCAGAUCUCAAUUACCUUACUAAGGAGUUUUUGCGACUGAAGUCAGUGGAAGAGGAACUGGAGCAGCUGAAAGCCAGCCAGCUGGAUUCCAACAACACAAAAUGUGGGUGUGAGUGUGGUCAGAGGCUGCAGCAGGCAGAGCUGAAGCUGUUGGCUCUGCAGUACUCCAUGUGCCAGGAUCACUGCUGGAGGAGAUACUACACCUCGGUACAGGGGGAGAGCCAGCUGCAAUGCACUGGUGGGGUCCCUGAGAGCUUAGCUGAGACUCUGCGGGCCCUGGAGCAGGAUUACAUCCAGCUGAGGAGGCAGGUGCUCUCAGGGAUUGCUCUGGAUGAGUUAAACCCGCUCUCUGUGGACACCCAGAGACUCCACAUAGAGGCACCGUACACCCCAGCACAGAAAAUUAAUGAAUAUCUGGAAGAUGAGACUCCACUUGAAUUUCAGUCUCAUCUUCAUAGUGAAACAGAAGACACACAAAAGCACUUCAAUUCACUUGAAGGUGAAAGGCAUGCCACAAAUAUAAAAUCCCAGAAGGAUGGCCCGGGUAAGCAUGCAGUGCCACACACAAAGCCAGGUGGUGUGAAAAGCUCCAAAAUGGUGUCUGUGAAGACCCAGAAGUCCGACCCAUCCCAUGGAUCCACCAGACCGGGUGGUGGUGAGGGAGUAAAUGUUACCAGCGAGGCCUGGUACGAUGCAGAGGAGGAACUUGGGGCUGCUGGCCAAAGCCUGAAAGAGGAGCGGCUCAGAAAAGCAACUGAGAGUGAGAGAAAUAGAAAAGUGGAAGAUGGUGAUGGUGUCAGUUCCAGUGGCCACUUGCAUGUUACAGACUUCCAUCAAGAUGUAACUGAGGAGGAUCUGUUCCUUGCAUUUAAGAAAUGUCAACCGAGAGAUGUUUGUUUCACAAUGUCGGACAAGUCCAGGAGUGCCAACGUGACUGUGAGCUCUCCUGAAAAUGCUGUGGCGGCGGCGCGAGAGCUCAGCGGCACCUCCAUCCACGGACAGCCCGUCCAGGUGAGGCGCGUCAGCAGACUACCUGCAGCAGGCCCUGAGGGGGAGCACACCUUCAAGAAGCCCCACGCUCCCUCUGCCCCCACACCAGCACCCUCAGGAGACGUGGCCAAGCUUGGGGGCGUGAAGACAAGCACUCCAUACAACAUGUCCCCCAAACCUGUUCGCUGUCUUAUAGAAAAGCUCUUGAACAUCAGUGAUGUGCCUACGACCACGGGCACCUAUGUGCCACAGCAGCCGCCUACCAACACCACCACGGUCACCUUUGGCACGCUCAUGAGGCAGCUGUCAGAGCUUCACCCAUCAGUGGCUCGGGAGAAGAUUGUGGAGGCGCUGCUGGAACUGCGCACCCAACACCGCGGCUCCCUCAACUGCCUGUCACUGUGCACUCUUGUGGAGAUGACCUCUAAACUCCUUUCUGCGCAGGCCUUGGACUCUGUGAAAAAGGGCUAGGAGGGGAGUCUAGGAAAGGGGUUAGAAGGGGGUGAGAAGUAAUUUCUAGACAAAGAGGAAUUUGUAACCCUGUCUUUAUUUGUGAUUUGUUUUUAAGUUUGGGGGGGGUUUGCAGAGGAAAAUAAUUUUGAUUUUAUAUUUCUGAUUCAGCUCUAGUUAUGUGUGGCUUUGUUUCUUUUUUCAAGUUCAAGUUUCUUUAUUUUUGUCACAUGCAUAGUCAUAGACCUACAACAGGCAGUGAAAUAAACUCCUGACUCCAAUCCAA